AUGCCAUCCUCAUCGAGAUCUGACAGCUUGAAAAACCAGAAGCUGGACAACGAUAGCUUCGUUGCUUUCGAUCACGCCGCAGCUGGGCACGACGGUGUCCGCUGCACCACCUCUGGUUCCUUUAUCGCGAAGCCUUGCACCGCGCAAGAAAUCGCUUUCUACGAGUCGACUGCUCUUCAUCCUGCUUUUCGCGAAUUUAUCCCGACUUACGUCGGAACAUUAACAACCGCCGACCAGGACCAACCAGCUAUUUCGCUCGCUACCACGACAGCAGCUCAGCAGGGAGCUAUCGUCCUUCCGGACUCGGAUCCAUCGUUGACCUCAGAAACCCCGAUCACCAGCGCGACCGCCCAAACGAUCGCAUCGAUCAGCUCAAGUACAGUUGACGCAACAUGGACUCCCUCUGGUGGGAAGAAAAUUGAUACUGGGUUAUCCAUUGUAUUAGAAAAUGUCGCCUCCGGCUUCAAGCGGCCGAAUGUUUUGGACGUGAAGCUCGGCGCGAGACUCUGGGCUGACGAUGCCAUUCCGGCAAAACGGGCGAAGCUGGAUGCGGUAGCCAAGGAAACAACUAGCGGGUCGCUUGGGUUUCGAAUCGCAGGUAUGAAGGUUUGGACAGGUGUAAAUGGAGAAGCCGAGGCGGGAAGCAAGACCAAUCCCUACAUCACCCGGCAUGAGAAAUCGGACGGCGAAAAAGGCGAGGUGACUGAACGUGAUGGCUAUAAACACUAUGAUAAGUGGUACGGGCGUUCUUUUACCACAGAUAACGUCAAAGGUGGCUUAGAGACCUUCCUUGCGGGCGCAAAGACGGCCGGUGUCGACCGCUCCAAGUUGAUAGCCAAGAGACUGGCGAACGGACUGAAGCGUGUGCAAGAAGUCCUGGAAUCGGAGGAAAGCCGGAUGUAUUCCGGCAGCGUGCUUAUCAUCUACGAAGGGGACCCAGAGGCCAUGGAGCUUGCUCUGGAGGAAGAGAAGAGGGCACAAGAAGCCCCCAAGCAAGAAUUCGACGAAGAAGAUGAGGAUGAAGAUGGCUUCGAUGGUUUUGAGCUCAAGGAGGGUGUGCCAUUCGACAUAGCUGGUCUCCCAGCUGGGGAGAAUGGGAUAUCCAACCAGACCAUCAACAUCACCAUCGACCCUGAAACUGCUCAGCUGGGAGACUUGGAGGACGAAGAGGAAGAGGAAGAUGGCCCGAAAGUACAUGAUCUUCGUCUGAUCGACUUUGCGCACGCGAGCUGGACUCCCGGCCAGGGACCGGACGAGAACGUGCUCAAGGGAGUGCGCAAUCUACUUCGCAUUUUUGAGGAACUAUCUACAGAGUAG